GAGUAAAGAGGAUGCUUUGGAUGAGAAUCAUACUGUGAAAAUUAGUUGCUUGCUGGUUAAUUCUGCAGUGACUUUACUGUCAAAUCAGGAGCUAUGGACUGCUACAGCUUCGCCGAUGAAAGCUCUCUCCAAACCGACAUGCAUCUGCCUUUGCUAUCAGACAGUGAGUUGCCCAUUGCAAGUAAUAUCCAGAGACAAGAAUUCAUCUCAGAUCCUGAUGAUAUUAUUUAUGCCGGAAUGACAAAUAUAGAACUUGAUUCUAACCUGGAGGCUGCAGAAAUUCCUGGCGAUCCAUUUGCAGACAAUUUAGAUCUCUCCCUGUACACUGUAGACAAGGGAUGUGACUCCCCAAAGGUUCCCAGUGACUCCACGGAUACUGAUUCUCCGCCCAUGUUGCUAGGUAUUAGUCCCCUCCCACAAAAAAACACCCCUGAGAAAAGCAUUACUAAAAGUGAAAGGAAAUAUGGGGGUCUUCAGAAAAGAAGGCGCCUCUCUGCAAGACAUUCUCCACAGCAAGCAUUCCAGGAGUGCAGCCAGUGUGGAAAGUCAUUCAGCAGUGCCAGUGCCCUGAGCAAACACUACCUGACGCACAGUCACGAACGCCGGCAUGUCUGCAGGAUCUGCAGUAAAGCCUUUAAGAGACAAGACCAUUUAUCUGGGCACCUACUAACACACCAAAAAACUAAACCAUAUGGUUGUAUGGAGCAUGGAUGUGACAAGAGCUAUUGUGACUCGAGAUCCCUGCGCCGUCACUAUGAAGUGCAGCACGGCUUGUACUGUCAGAGGGAGCCCUUUCCUGACAGCAGCUCCAAAGACCUGGAUACAGCAGAGAGCAUAUUGUUCCCACAGACCGGACAUACUCAGGCCCUUCAGUGUGACGUGGGAAUAACGCAGAGGUCCACACAACAAAUGGAAUCUCUUCCACAAAGGUCCUCUUUGCUUAAUAGAGAACUGCUGAGACCUCUGAUGAGUAGCCCUUCGGAAGAGGUUUCUGCUACUUUUUCAAGUGGAGCUUUGCAUAAACUCGACUCGUUUGCUCAGGCCUUCACAAGACAGAAUCUGGAUAUUCAGUCAAAUUCCGUUGUUGCAAAGACCCCAGGUGAAAAUUCAGCAGCUUCUGAAAUUGAUGCUUGCGGAAAUGUUUUCAGACAGAUCUUGAGUUAUAAAGCAAAUUUAAACCAGUGGCAAGCAUUUCCUGAACAGAAACAUCAAAUACUGCAGGAACAAUACUCUCUCCACCAGCAGCAUCAACAGCAGAUAGCAACUUCACUCUUUACACAAGUCUACAUGGGCGAUCAGGAUGCCUCCCCUAUGCAGAGCCAAGACCAAUUCCAAAACCAUAUGCUCCAGCUGAUCUCUGAUACCCAAUACAAUCUAUCUCAAUCCCAAAAUUCGGUAAGUCAAUCUCAAGUUAUAGUUACCCAGUCCCAGCAUGUGCUUUCUCAGAUCCAGAAUAAUGGAUCACAAUUGCUCCAGCCCUCAGACUUAGAGCAAGAUUUUCAGCAUUCCUUCAGAAAGGAAACCACUUCUCCAUUUUUACAAUUUCAAAGCACAAAACCUUGCCAACUCUCCAAGAGCAUCCUCCCUUGCUACCCACAACAGACAGAAAGUACUGUCCAGCAGGCAGGAACUGAUCUGCAGCCUGCAUUAACGCGUGUCUCACAAUGUCACAAGAAAUCCAAGAAGAGUCCAUUCAAGGCACAUCAUCCUCCUCUGUCAGUGUGUGAAGAAGAGGUUGUUCAGAAGCAGCUUCAGACACAGUCAGAGCAGUUGGAGGGUUGGUCACCUCCACCUUGCAACAACAAGAAAGGCAGAAUCUCUAAUAAGGAUAUGUGCAUAAAGCAUUUCACUCUUAUAGGUAAAUCCAGUAAGAAUGUGUCAGUCUCUCGAAAGGAACGACAGAAGUUAGAUACCAAUUGCACAGCUCCUCCUAGUCAGGUGGCUAUGAACUCAUUUUCAGUUCAGAAUUCUUUGAGGAGUAUGGAAGACUGUCUACAAAAAGAAACUUUUCAUGAGAGCAUCCAGGGUGAAGAUAUUUACAGCCUCUGCAGCAUUCCACAAGAGGAAGAUGGACCUUCAUCAGUGCUGUGCAAAGACCUGGUGAGUAGCAGCAUGACAGAAAGUUUGGAAGAAAAUGGGGAAAACUUCCAGUGUGAAAGAUGUCAAGGCGUUUUCCAUUUUCUGAAAGGACUAAACUGCCACAGUUGUCCACGGGAAGGAGUGGGCAAACAGCAUUCAUUGGAAGAUAACAUUAAGCCACAAAAGGUGAUUGAUAAUGGCAUUGAGAAAAUGGAUCAUGGUGGAUUGUUUUUUCAGUAUCUAGAGGAUAAGCUCAGUGCUUUUCUGCUCAAGAAGCCGCUGGAGGAAAGUGUGGCAGCGCCUUUGGUGAUCCCAGUCUCUGUACCUGUGAAAACCUCUGGGCUUGCAAGAGAUAGCAAAGUCGAAGGUUCACCUGUUAGAUCAAAGAAGUUAACUGCCACAAGACGGACCUCAAAUGACAGUUCUGUCCAGGUCCAUGAAACCGGCAAAUCAUCAAGUAUGAACUGCAGAGGCCACUCCAAAAAACAGCGAAGAAAGCGAUGUCGCCCAGAGCCGCUCUUUAUCCCAUCCCCAUCUUCCAGCCAGACUGGGGCCCUGCCAGGGAUGAUAUUGUACCAGAGUCACAUGCGUUCUCCUGUUUGCUUAGCUGAUCACCUUUUAGAGAACUUCCAACCUCCCCCCUACACGCCUCCCCCCAUGUUGAGUCCCAUCCGCCAUGGCUCAGGUCUCUACUUCAACAGGAUCUGUUCCCUGCCAGGGAGCUGGGCACCGUACACUCUUUAUGUAAUUCUGUCUGUUCCAGAUGUUGUCGAUGGAAUCUGUGGCAUCUCUAUGGUUAAAGAUGAUUCGAUAAUUUUCAUAGAACCGCAUAUUAACAUUGGGACGCGGUUCCAGGCUGAGAUUCCCCUGCUGCAAGACAAAUCUUUAGUUGAAGAUAGUGUCCACCUAGCAGACCUGGUCUGGAAACCAUGGGAUGACAUUGAAACCAGUAAAGUCACUCAAGCAAGAGUGACAGACCUUUUGAACCUAGCUUGUUCGAGUGCACUGCCAGGAGGAGGCACCAAUUUGGAGCUGGCCCUGCACUGCCUACAUGACACUCGUGGAGAUAUCUUGGCUGGUCUGGAUAUAUUACUGAUGAAAGAAGCAAGACGGGACCUUGCACAUCCUCUGGGAGAUUAUCAUUACACGGGGACUGAGAAGUGGACCACGGCAGAGAAAAAGAUGUUCAAUAAAGCAAUUUGCCUUUACAACAAGGAUUUCUUCCUGAUGCAGAAGAUGAUAAAACACAAGACUGUGGCUCAAUGUGUAGAGUAUUACUACACCUGGAAGAAGCAGCUAAAAUUUGAGUGGAAGAGAUCACGUCUGCUGCAGGAAGAGGAAAUAAAACGUGAAACUGACAGUGCUGGAGAUGGAAAGGAAUUCAAAAAGCCGGUUAGAAAUAUUCUUACUUCCAUAGAAAUGCUCCAGGCUACUGACAGGGCAAUAUACGAUGCCCUCCACAAUGUUUCAUGCUUAGCUUCACAGAAUCUGAGCGCUCCUUACCAGAGAAGUGCAAACCGGGAGAACACAAGGAAGAAGGUGGUUCGUGCUAAGUCCAGCUCGUCCCCAUCUGUUCAGUGUCCGGCAGGAGUCCAGGACAAGAGCGAGAAAAAACCCACCAUCGGCAAUUUCCCGUGUAAAGAAUGCAGCAAAGUAUUUGAUAAAGUGAAAAGUCGGAAUGCUCACAUGAAAUGCCACAGGCAACAGGAAGAGCAAGAACGACAGGCGGAGAUGAAACGAUCGAGAAUACGUUUGAAGGCUGAGAUAAAGGAGGAACCAGUGGAGACUAUUGUGGUCUUCAAUCCAAACAAUCUACAGAACAUCAGCACACCUUAGAGUAUCAGCACCUGGCAGAGAUACACGAGGCUAUGGAGGGGUGAGAAGCAGUGUCUGUCUUGGUUGGUACCGAUGGAUGCUGUGGGCUGAAGACACUGGGAUAGAAAUACCUGGAUGUUGCCCAUUGCUGCUCAGUGUUGAUAUUUACAGCCCAGUCCCUGCAAGAUGCACGGUUCCACCAAUGUAUCCCCCCCCCCCCCCAUACAUUCCAACAAGAGUUGACCCACCACAAAUUAAACCCAAUACCUCUUUUAGUCUGAUGUACUGAGCAGAACCAUAGCAUUCCCAUUUUAACCUGCCCAGAAAAU